AUGUCGUUAGCUCCGUUUGUCGCGUCGACCGGCCCUUUGCUGGACCGUGCUUCCGCAGGGAUGCGAGCACUGAUCAGCAUUGUCUCCAAAAAUGAGUGUCAGUAUUUCGAGGAGGGGCACUUCAACGCAUCCCAAGUCAAGAAGGAGCUGCAAGAUGCGAGCGUGGAAGCCAAGGUGACAGCCAUGAAACGGCUGCUUGCCGCGCACGCCUCUGGUGCAGAUGUCUCGCCGCUCCUUCCCGAUGUCGUGAAGGCAAUCGCUGUGCCGGAUCUCGAACUCAAACGUCUCGUCUACCUCUUUCUAGUUCAGCACGCGGAAGGGAACCGCGACCUUGCUCUUUUGUCCAUAAACUCUUUCCAGAAGGACCUCAGUGACCGCAACCAUAUUGUCCGUGCGGCGGCGUUGAAAGCACUUGCCUCAAUACGGCUGCUGGAAGUCGUUCAGCUUCUCGUUAUCUCGCUGAAACGUGCGGCCGCAGACUCGUCGCCCUUUGUGAGGCGCACCGCAGCGCAGUGUGUAGUUAAGGUGUUUGCUCUGGACCAGGAUCAGUUUGAGGAUUUGAAAAACAUCGUCCUCACCCUGCUUGCAGAUGUCGAAGUGUCUGUUGUCGGCGCGGCGUUGGUCGCUUUUAGAGAGCUAUGUCUCCGCCAUUCCUAUUUGCUUUUUCACGGCGACGAAGAUCAUCCGGAUGAUCGCGACGAGGAGUACUUGAAGUGUUCGUACACACCGACAGAAGGCAGAGACUUGAGGAGUGGAACUCCAGGCACUGCUGUAGGUGUCGCUUCUGGUGGGUGUGAAGGUCGGUUUAAAGAAUCGCAAGAAGUCCGAGCGCAGGCGGCUGCCCUCGCACUCCUUCAUCGGCAUUACCGCAGACUCCAAAAGUGCCUCCCGCAGUUUGAGUCGUUCGCUCAGGUAGUUGCCGUCGAUCUAUUCCUGCGCUACUGCCGCCUCUAUUUCUCAGAUCCCGUUGAACGAUUUCGGCAUCCGGGCGCUGGCGUUGCUCACCGUGGGUCCGAUGCAGCGGAACGCAACAACGAGAACGGGAGGCGGGCACCUGCGGUGCAGGGCUCCCUGUCUAACGUGGAGGGGAGCGCUGAAGCUCCCGUGACUAUAGAGCGGCUUACAGAGGACUCUCCCGGCAAUCCCACGCCUGCGGACUUGCGUCUAUUUUUGACAAAUCUUCAGCUGCUUCUGCACUCAGAGAGUCCUGAUGUCGUUGUCGCCGCAACGGCGGCUCUCUUCUACCUUAUUCCUUCGUCUCCGGCAGCGUGGCAGGCUGCCGUCCAUCCGAUGCUGCGAUGUAUGCACACGUGUGCGUCGGACGUGCAUGAGCCACUGCUGCACACGAUUUCUGUGCUGGCGUCAGCAGCGCCGUCUCUGUUCGUGCCUCAUGUGCGGUCAUUCUUCCUGCGGUUCACGGAUUCUCCACCCGUGCGACAAGCGAAACUUCAAGUUCUGCGUUCUCUCGUGGCCUCCGCAUCUCCGCAGGACACACCUGGCGGGGCGGUCAGCCCCCUCGCGCUUCUCAUGCUGCCAGAACUCCGCACGUACAUCCACUGGCCAGGUGAUCAGGCCCUGCUCUCUUCUUCAUUCCGUUUUCUGACGUUCCUAGCCCUCCGGUUCCCGCCAGUUCAGGCGGCCUGCAUGCAGAUUUUUGUUCAGCUCCUCGAUGCGCCGUCGGCGGCUCUCGCCGCCGAAGCCGUGCUCGCUCUGCAGACCUUGCUGCAGCGCCAGCUUGAGCAACAGCGCGAGAGCAGUGCGCGGUCGGGACAAUUGGGGCGUCUGCUCUUGCAGCUGGUGUCGCAGCUGCCGCGAGUGCACGCGCCGGCAGCUCGGGCGUCUGUCGUGUGGAUCGUCGGGCAGUAUCAACGAGAAGUCGGCUGGGUUGCCGCGGACUUUCUGCGGCAGCUUGUUGGAGAAUUCAAGGCGGAGGCGGAGGAAGUAAAGCUGCAGAUCUUGCUGCUCGCCCUGAAAGUCUGGGCCUUCCACUGGCUGAACAAGACAGGCCUGGCGCACGCCGUGGAUGACGACGCUGUGCGCGAGCGGGGCGUGGCGGCUGCCCGCGGCACCCCCGCAGCAGAGGAAGGACACGGCCUUCGGAGCGACAAAGGAGAGAAGCCUACGGGCUGCGUAGGAGAUCAAAGGCAGGAGGAAGAGGUCCAUCAGAGCUCUCGCGACUUCAGUGGCGCAGAAGGAUCGUGCAGGGGAGCGCAGAAACGGGAUGUGUGUGACGAGACAGGCGACGCCCCACACGGGCAAGCCACUUCGCAACUGCUGCCGAUGCCGACGGAGGAAGAGAGUGCGGAGGCCUUCCCGAGGCUCGACGGCAUGCUCAAAUACAUUUGCGAAGUCGCCAGCUUUGAUAGGAGCUACGACGUCAGAGACAUGGCUCGUCUUUACUUCACACUCUCUCGACUCGCACUCUCAACUGAGCGCGCAGCGCCCCAGAGAAGCGGCGUUCGUGACCCAGGGAAAAAUGGCAUCAAGAGGGAAGACUUCGCUGACGGCGAAAGUUCCGCAGAAGCGUCCGUUGCGAGCGGGGCGGCGUUAUCGUCACUCGAGGGUUUGUCCGGCCUAGGUGGAGACAGCCUCAAGCGAGGGGCGCCGGUGGCGAGUAUGCAGCAAUUCGCAGGCGUCUGCAUGCGGUUCCUCGCUGCUGCACCAGGCGACAAGACUCAGAGAAAAGCCGACAGUCGGAGCCACGUAGCCUCGACCUGCGCGGCUUCCACUCCGGUGGCUGCAUUCGCACAUUCGCAAAACAGGGCUGACGAGUAUGCCGGCCGCGCAGUCGGGUGUGACGCUCCUGACACUCGGCGUGAACCAGUCUUUGCGUUGGGUUCGCUCUCUGAUAUGAUGUCGGAGCGUAUGGCUGGAUACGCGUCGUUGCCUGCCUUCGCCGCAGAAGACUCAGCGGAUGAACUCAGGUUCGUCGAGACAGAAGAACGCCGCGCCCUGGUCAUCGGGCCUCCCGGCACCGAGAGGCGACCUGGCGGAGGGCUGUCUUCUCAGAAAGAGCUCAAGUCGAUCUCGUCCGACGACGUCGUUGUCCGCAGAAAUGCGGCGGCGCUGAUGGGUCGCGAAGCGGUGGUGAAAGCGGCUCCCACCCCGCUUGACCUCGACACCUUCUACAACGAUCUCGGGGGCCUUGCAGGCGACCGCGCGGGACUGGAGGCGCUGCGGGCUGCGCAGCCGUUGCAGCAAAGCUGGAGGGAGGCUGCUGGUGGCUCGGUCGCAGCAGAAGCAGAGAGAGGCAGUGAAAGCGCGGAUUUGUGGCAGAUGUUUGGAAAUGCGGCGGACAGCGGGAGUCGCGCCGGUUUUGGAGGUGUUGAAGCGGUUUUCCAGCAAGGCCGACACCCCGCUGCGGCGUGUGGACCCAAGACUGCAGGCUGUGGCGGCGGAGUGGCUGUGGCAGGGGAAGACGAUGAAAGCGAAGACGAGGAUCAAGAAUGGCGAGCAGCCGCCGUCGGCGAAAAAGAAGUCUGUGAUGGAAGCUGUGGUGUUGGAGCUGAGGGCGCAGGCGUUGAGAGAGAGGAAGAAAGCGACUGGAAAUUCAUGCCCCCUGGCCGAUGA